UAGUUCUUCACCCUGAACCUGCGCUAGUCGAAACCCUUGAGGCGCCGAGGCCCCGUCGCGCAAUUUCACUCGACGUGCCCCGAACUCAUCAUUAGAGAUGAAUGUUGAGAGGCUCCAAAAGAUGGCGGGUGCUGUCCGCACUGGUGGAAAGGGAAGUAUGCGCAGGAAGAAGAAGGCCGUUCACAAGACAACGACGACUGAUGAUAAGAGGCUUCAGAGCACGCUGAAGAGGAUAGGGGUGAAUGUCAUUCCUUCAAUUGAAGAAGUCAACAUAUUUAAAGAUGAUACGGUGAUUCAGUUUCAGAGCCCUAAAGUGCAAGCUUCCAUCGCAGCCAAUACAUGGGUUAUUAGCGGAUCCUCACAGACAAAGAAACUACAAGAUUUGCUACCAUCAAUCCUCAACCAGUUAGGGCCUGAUAAUUUGGAAAACAUCAAGAAGCUUGCAGAGCAGUUCCAGAAACAUCCACGUGGCGCCACUACUGAAGUUGGCGGCGUCAUCCUAGAAGAAGACGACGACGAGGAUGUUCCGGAGCUUGUUGGAGAGACAUUCGAAGCAGCUAGUGAGAACCAAACAACAGCUGCUGCGUAAGAGUUAAAAGGCCUUUCGUUAAACACUUAUAUAUUCUCUCAGCCUUUGUACCCCUGAUAUAUAUAUAUGUAUGAACUGCUGCUGUUUUUUGAUUAACCGUUAUUUGUAGCCAUUCUAUGAACAGCAGCUUCCAUGUGAUUUUGAUUUUUAAUUAUGUUUUUUUUUUAUA